AUGAGUGACGACCUCUUCACCUUCGACCUCUUCUACUCGAUCUCCAAGAUCAACAAGAAGCUCACCACCAUCGAUGCCAUCGACAAUGCCUCGAUCCUUGGCUGCCAAGACGGCACCAUCCUGAUCAUCAAGAGCCCGGGACAGGGCCACUCCACAAACACGUCGUCCAACUCCAACCUGUCGCGCUUCAACACCUUCAAGAAGCCCAUCGACCAGCUCUAUGUGAUCGAGUCCCACCGGUGGCUGUUGGUCCUGUGUGAUGCCAACACCCCACUGCUCAACUACAUGCGUGAGGUCCACCGGCUGCUGAAUGAUUUGGAGAUCAACCCGACCCGGCGCCCCCUGGACGACAUCCCCGCCAAGGACCGGGGCAUGUAUCGGUUCCUGGUGUCCCUGCCUGACCGGACGGAGAUCACGCGCAUUGUGGACACGGCCCUGCUGACGCUGCUGGUGGACAUGAAGAACUCCGGCCCUCUGCUGGAGAUGGCCCUUCAGCGGAGCACCUGCAGCGAGGUGGACGCGCGAAACAUCCUCCGGCAGAAGCCGCAUGCUCCCCAUCUGAUCACCCUCUACUUCUACCGGUGCCAGCACAACAAGGCACUCAGCCUGCUGAAGAACUUCGGCACCACGCAGGUCGGCACGCAAACCGGCGUCCAGCAUACGGUGGCCUACCUGCAGCGGCUGAAUCCCUUCUAUGCCACUGGCGUGACGCCGGCCGAGGGGACGUCCGGCGGGCCGGCCCCUCUGGCCGAGCCGUCGGAUGACACCGUCGGCCUGAUCUUGGAGUACUCCAUUUGGGUGCUGGACCAUGACCCGACCCUCGGGGUGGACAUCUUUGCCAAUCACCCGCACGCCCUGGCCCUGGGGCCGGAUCGGGUGGUGGCGCAUUUGCAAAACCGCAAGCUCGGCAUGCCGGCCCUGCAGCGGUACCUGGAGCGGCUGGUCCUGCGGGCCACGCUCCCGGCCUCCGAGCGCAUCGACUCGCAUGCCGGGUCCGGUGCCCAUGCCGGCAUGGGGGAGCUCCUGUCCGAUGCCGGCCUGAAGACCGUGGACUUGAGUCAGCUGGCCCGGCGGUCUCCGGCGUCGCUGGCUGUGGCCCCGCUGGAUGGGGUGGCCCCGGCGCCGGCCACUCGGGAUCUGACCUUCACCCGGGGGCAGCUGGUGCACCUGCAUGAGAGCCUCAUUCGCCUGUACCUGGAGGGGGUGUUGGGGGAGAUCCGCCAGGCGGCCGGGCCGGCGGCCUCGGCACAGGUCCAGGAAGACCCCCGGCGUUAUGCCACCCUCACGCCGCUGCGGCUGAAGCUCCUGCACUUCCUGGUCACCUCGCGGUACUAUGCGCCGGAGCAAUUCCUCGGGCGCUUCCCCAUCAAUGCCCUUUUCGAUGCGCGCAUUGUCCUGCUCAGCCGCGCCAAGCUCCACGACGAGGCGCUCAACAUCAUCGUCCAGCUGCAGGACGACCUGGCCUCGGCCGAGCUCUAUUGCGAGCUGCAUCUGGCGCGUGGUGCCGACAUGCCGGCCUCCCAGUCCCACCCGCAGGAAGACCUCUUCAUGAUCCUCAUUCGGAAGCUCCUGGCGCCGAACUUGGUCGCCGGCCAGGAGCAGCCUCUCACGCCGGCCGAGACCGACACGCGCCUGCGCUUUGCCAUUCACCUGGUGGAGAAGCACGGCCACAAGAUGGACAUUCUCCAGCUGGUCUCCGAGCUGCCGGCCGACACGCAGCUCGAGCGCAUUGCCCCCUUGCUGACGGACCUGCUGCGGUCCUUCUCGACUGAGCGCCACGCGGUGCACCUGCAGCGGGCUCUCCUUCGGGCGUCGCAUGUUCAAACUCGCGCCGAGCUGGCCGCCGCCAAGUCCCGGUACAUUGUCAUCGACCAGACGCGCACCUGCAUCAUCUGCUCCAAGGCCAUCAGCCGGGCGGCUUUCGUCAUCCAGACCGACGGCCAGCCGGUGCACUUCUUCUGCAGUUCCUACAAGCCGGACAUGGCAACGGGCGCGGCCGGCCUCCCGGGCGCGGUGGCUACCCCGCCCCCGGAGCCGGCCUACUCCUCGAGCCCGCCCUUCGUGGUGGCGCCCAGCCCGGGGCUCGACUCGCCGACCUUCGGCGGCCAGUCCCAUUACUCGCAGCCGCUGCCGCAGUCGAUGCCCUUCCACCAGCAGCAGCCGCUGCCGCAGCAGCAGCCGGCCGGCGUCCCUCGGCCGACCGGGCAGGUACCGCCUUCGGCGGCUGGCGGUGGCGGCUGGUCCGGCGGCUUCAGCUCCGGGGGUGGCGGCACCUCGUCCGGCCCCGGCGGCAGCAACGGCAUGAUGUUCCUGCGUUGA